GUUCAUGUGCAGCCGAGAGGCACAGGAUAAUACAGGCUGGGGUUUGCUGCUGAAAAGCCCAGUGGAUCAGCUACUGACCUGCUGUUCUUUUUUUUCUCUCCUCCCUCUUCCUCUCUUUUUCCCCUCUCUAUCACUCGCUCACUAUUCCUGUAUCUUUAGAUUUUCUACAGCUCCCCGCUUGGCUUUUUUGGCAGUGUUUCAAAGAGAGAGGACGAGAGAAAACAGAGAGAGAGAAGCGAGAAGAGAGUGUUUCUGUUCCUGGAUGUGUGAGUGUGGGGGGUGGGGUGGGGGUAGACGGCUGGCCGUGUUUAUGUUUUCCUGGCUGGCGAGGCGGGCGAGGGGGGGCGCGCGGAACGAAGCGGAGCAGUGAUGGAGGAGAGGCGAGAGAGCGAGCGCGCGGUAAAGAGAGAGAGAGAGAACGAGAGGGAUCUGCACACAGACGCGGACCGCUGAGUGCUGUUUUACUCCAGGCGUGAGAUAGCCUCCUGCUUGGUGGGAAGUGGGAGUCUGUGAUUUCUGGAUUAUUAAAGCUACUGCUAUUCCAGAGAAGAAGAGACAGAGAAAACGGAGAAUAAAGAAGAAAGAGACGCGCUGAAGUUCGGGAAGAAGGAGGUGACACUCUCACUGCGAAAUCGAGUUCAGUGAGAAAGAGAGAGAUAAACAGACAGCAAGAGGGACAAGGAGGAGGAGGAGGAGAAGCGGACCGUGUUUUGAGGGAUUGCAGUGGAGUCUCCUCUCUCUUUGGGGCCUUGAAACGGCGGCCAGCGACAGAAGGAGCAGGAGAGAGGACCCCCCUCCCAGCAGGCACCAUGUACCCUCACGGCCGACCACAGGCUCCUCUGCUGCCUGGGCAGCACACGAAGUUCACUGUGCUUGAGACGCUGGAUCGCAUCAAAGAGGAGUUCCAGCUCUUCCAGGCCCAGUACCACAGCCUGAAGAUGGAGUAUGAGAAGCUGGCCAGUGAGAAGACAGAGAUGCAGAGGCACUCCAUCAUGUACUAUGAGAUGUCAUAUGGACUUAACAUUGAGAUGCAGAAACAGGCGGAGAUUGUGAAGAGGCUCACUGCUAUUUGCACUCAGAUCAUCCCCUUCCUGUCUCAGGAGCACCAGCAUCAGGUAGCUCAGGCAGUGGAGCGCUCUAAGCACGUCAGUAUGGCAGAGCUCAAUGCCAUUAUCGGGCAGCAGCAGCUCCAGCAUCUAUCCCAUCAUGCAUCAGGCUUUCCCCUGAUGCCUCACCCCUCGGGUCUCUCUUUGGGAGUGGGGUCAGGGCUCGGGGCCCUCCCCACUGCGCUUGGAUUCGCUGGACCCCUGGUGGCCAAAGACGACCCUUCUCACAGCCACCCUGAUGAGCUGAGAGAUGGAACCUCAAGUCGGAGUAAGUCUGCGUCUCCGCUGCAUAGUCCCCUGGAUGACCGGCAGCUGGCUUCGCUGGCCGCUCAGAGAGAGGCGGCACGGAGCCGAGGCGAAGAGAGAACCAUGGUCCCCACACACAGUGACGAUGAGGGAGACAGAAGUGAGGUGGACGUUGGUGUGAGCUCAGAGGGCCCCAGACCGCGCCCAGGGGUGCCCCCUUCCCCCCCGGAUGGGAACGGGCUGGGGGGGGCAAUGUCGCCCAGGAGGAGCCGGCCGAGGGGAAGCAGCCCCUCCACAUCCAGCCAAUCACAGUCCCCCACCGCGGGGAACAGCACCCACCUGGGACAGGUAGGGGCUCGAUCACCCUCUCCCUCCCGUCGGGUGACUCUGACUCCAGGAUCUCCUCAUCAUCCUCCUUCCCGCUCGGCGCGCACUCCUCCCCCCACCUCCCUCUAGAUGUCACCAGACUCCCUCAGUCAUGUUCCAAACCCCUGCUGUCUCUUCCUGAAAGUUCCUCCCCGACGGACCAAUCAGGUCGUAGGCCACGCUCCCCACCCCCCCUGAGAACAAACACACAAGGCCCCUCCUCUCUGUGGAUAAUCUCAUCAAUCAGCAUAGACCACUGUGUAAGGACGAGCGUCUGCAGGACUGGCGGAAUCCCCCUCGACACUGUUUGUAUCUUCUCUUGCUACUCUGCACGAAGCACAGCGGGGAGAGGACCUGACUAACUAUUUAUAUUUUUCUCUGGAUUGAAAGGCCCAGACGGGUGAGGUUUGCCUCAGUGGCCGUCGCCACAACAGACCCAGAGGAGAGCGCUCACUCACUGAGACGGCGAAGCAAACGCACAACUCCAGUUCAAACUAGUAUGGAUGGGACACUCCCAUGCACAGCCAUUACAUCUGACUGCUGUAAACUGAUCCAUCUUUUGUGGUCUAGUGUUCUUUCUCUCUGAUGAUAACUCAUAGCGCUGUUCUCUAGCAGUUUCUCAAUUGGUUUCAGUGUUAAUGUGACAAUAAAGAACAUGGGACUUGGUUUGCCUGUGAACCUGCAGUGUUUUUAAACAAGGAUGUGAGCGACGCUCGUGGGUAAGAGGGACCUUUGGAUCUGUGAUCUCUGAGGGAAGUGGGUGACCUACUGGUGUGUAUGUGCCAUGGGGGAAAAAACGCAAACUCUAGCAGCGGCGGCAUUUCCAAAUUAGGAAGUCGGGAAAGUUAACUGCUGGGAUAGUGUAAGCAUCAUAGGACAAUCAGUGUAGAGCAAGAACAGCGCUAAAACUAAUACGAUGGUAACAAUGUAAGGAUCACACUUAAUCUUGCAUAGCCAGACAUAUUAACAUACACGUCUUGAGACAACCAAUGUGAACCAAGGUUGCCUAAAUGUUGGUGGGUAUGAUUAUAGCACUAAAGGCAAAGUCCUUAAUUCUGGUGAAAGGAUAUUUGAGCUCAACAGCCAAUUAAAUUAGACGUGUUCCUGAAGUAACAUGUUGAUUGGCUGAAACAGUGUAUGGUCUGGUCUGAGCCACUUUGUGUUCCAUUUACAGAGCCAGAGAAUUUGAUGACAAGUGUAAUGGAUUAUAAUCAAGGAUUUAUCCUUUAAUGGCACUUGAAAUGUCUUUCCCGUCAAAGGCUACUGAAGGAGGAGGAGCCUAAAAGUAGAGGGACAUGCAGAUAAACUAGGGGGUGGGGCUAAGAGGAGACAUGUGGACGUGGCCUUUUCUGUGCCUCUGAUUGGCUGCAACUCCAGUUUCAGUUAGUUAUCUCCAGACUGAACCUCCAUUACAAGUGUCUGCAUCAUGUCUGUCUCUGCAAGACUCUAGGGAAUGCUUUUUAUUAAGGUAUCAUUAACUAAUAUUAAUUCGUACAGGAAUUAACACGAAUAAACUAUGAAAUUCAGUCUUAAUUACCAUUAAUGUUGAAUACAGUUUGUUGUUUGUUAACGUUAACUAAUAAAUUACUUUUUACAUUCAAGAUCACUUAUAUUACUCAGUCCAUAAGUUACCAUGAACUAUUAACUGAAAAAUGUACACAUCGAGUAUUAAGUGUUGUAGUUCAUGUUUAUUUAAUGUGAACUACAAAAUUGAAUUAAUGCUAGUUAAUGAAAAACUUAAUGUCAAACAUCACCAAAAGCAUUAAAAAUGGAUUGGUCAGA